AUGAUGAUAAGUGUAAUUCUCAUAUGCCUGGUUUUGUUUCUUCUGAGUGCACAGUUCCUGCAUUUGCAAUGGAAGAGCCGUGGAUUUCCUCCUGGACCAACACCAUUUCCCAUCAUUGGAAGUGUCUGGUGGAUAAAUUUUAGAGCUGAUCACGGGAGCCUGAAAAAGCUGGCAAAAACCUAUGGCAACAUCUGCACCCUGUGGAUGGGUCACAGACCUAUGGUGGUGCUCUAUGGGUUCCAAGCUGUGAAGAAUGGUCUCACCAACAACUCGGAGGAUGUUUCAGGGCGACUGCAGACCUACAUUUUCAACAAAAUGGCAGAUGGAAAGGGUAUCUUGGUCUCAAAUGGUCUCAUCUGGAAACAACAGAGACAUUUUGGAAUCGGAACUCUCCGGAAACUGGGAAUGGGGAAUAAAGGAAUGGAGCGUGGGAUACAAACCGAGGCCCGUUACCUGGUGGAGUUCUUCAGAGACAAGGAGGGAGAAGCUGUGGACCCUUCCUUCCCCAUUGUCCAUGCUGUCUCCAAUGUGAUUUGUGCUGUGGUUUUUGGACAUCGUUUCUCUCUGGAGGAUAAAACAUUCCGCCAGCUGAUUGAAGCCUUCAAUCAUAUAGUGGCUUUUGGGAACAGCCACUUUUAUUAUAUGUGUGAAAUGUUCCCGUGGUUUGCAGAGCACCUCCCAGGACCUCUACAUAAAGCAAGAUUUUCCCGGGAUUUUGUUCGCUCCUUUGUGAGGCAGGAAAUCAAAAGCCACAGGGAAAAAGGCAGAAUAGAUGAACCAGAAGAUUUCAUUGACUUUUACCUGAAGCAGAUAGAGAAAACUAAAAAUGUCCCCAAUUCUACAUUUGAUGAAGACAACAUGGUGCAGUCUGUUUUUGACCUUUUCCUGGGUGGCUCAGAGACCACAGCCACCACUCUACGCUGGGCUCUGCUCUAUAUGUUGGUUUACCCUGACAUCCAAGACAAAGUCCAGAAGGAGCUGGAUGCUGUUCUGAGUCCCUCCCAUCCCAUCUGCUAUGAGGAUCGGAAGAAGCUGCCGUACACAAAUGCUGUGGUUCAUGAGAUCCUCCGCUUCAGCAGCAUUGUUUUAAUCACACUUCCCAGAGAAGCUGUGAAGGAUACCACUGUUUUGGGGUAUCGUGUUCCAAAGGGCACUCUAAUCAUGGCAAAUGUAGACUCAGCUCUUUUUGACCCUGACUAUUGGGAGACACCUCACCAGUUCAACCCCGGCCAUUUCUUGGACAAGGGUGGAAAUUUUGUGACCCGAGAGGCCUUUUUGGCCUUCUCAGCAGGUCACCGUGUUUGUCUGGGAGAGGCAUUGGCCAAGAUGGAGCUUUUCAUCAUGUUCUGCAGCCUGCUGCAGAAAUUCAAGUUCACUGUACCAGAAGGAGUUAAGGAAAUCAACACAGACAUUAUCUUUGGGAGCACCAUGAAACCCCAUCCAUACAAGCUCUGUGCAGUUCUGCGCUAGGUUGCUCAGCAUUAGAGAUUUGAGGCACAGACACAGGUUUGGUAGUGUGCUAGGAUUUGUGCAGCUUUAUGGUUCUCAUUUUUAGCUCAAAUUCAGUGAAAAUCUCUCCUUGUUGUUUUAUG